UUUGGAGCCAAAAUAGCUACAGCCCUAUUCAUCUAUGCUAGAAUUAUAUGAACGUUUUUUAACUUAUAUCAAGAACGGAGUUGUUCUACUCCUGCUUAACAAUAAUUUGUAAAUCCAAUGGAUCCCGUUCUGUCUUUACUGGACAUCGACCCGCAAGUCCCACCGCAAUUUGCAGCCAUUAAACGACUUGAUUUUAUUCGUUCAGCUGUUUCUUUUCCGCCCGAAUCUCAUGAAAAGGGUUUCAAACAGAUGCUAAUUCUCCGUCAUUUGAAAGUAGAUCGUGUCGAGACUGGCCUGGUCCUUUCCACCCUCGCAAUUAAGCCCUCCCUCACGAACAGAUAUAAUACUUUGCAUGGAGGGGCGGUGGCAAUGAUUGCGAGUAUGAUGGGAUUGGCAGCUGUGAAGACGAUUGCUGCAGAUAAGGAGUUUGUGCAGACUGAAAUGAGCAUGUCUUACCUCUCUGCUGGACGUAUUGGAGUUUUGCAGAAUCUAUUCUAACCUAUGAUGCUAGGUGGAAUUGAACUUCUAUUCUUUUAUAGCAAUCAUGAGAUGGUCAAUACAAUGGUGCAAUGCAGUCAUGCUAUUAUUGGACUUGGCAAUAAUGGGUUCAUGUUGAGUGGUGACUGGUAAAAAGAAUCAUAAAGCUAGCAUGCAUGGUUCCGUCAGGUUCCAUUGAUAAAGGUUUGCUUUAGUUUCACUGCUUAGGUCUAGGAGCUUCUUGGAUCAGGAAAUAUUGUAGCCAGUGGGACACCACUUUAGUUGCAUGUCUAAGUAUCAUUUAGGAAAAUUUAGAGUCAAGGCAAUUUGUUUGUUAUAGCAUCUUUUCUUAACGAUGGACCCUAUAUCAUAUAAUAGUUAACACUUGGGGAAUGAACCGUUUCAAUCUGUAUGCUUUUUCCACUUUUUAUGGCAUUAUGAUCUAGGAAUUCGGGUUUAGCCAAUCUUUUACAGUUGCUAUUAUUGUGGCCCAUGAACAUGAUUUUGUUGAAUCACUUAUUGAUUUGUUAGUGCAAUUGUAGAUGUCUCUUUGAAAUGUAUAAGCAUUUUAAGAUUGCCUUCCAUUAAAUCGAACACCCAAAUUUCACAUUUAUGAACAUUACAAGACAGGUGAUACUGUUCUCUAUUAAGCCCAAUUUCAGAAUGCACACUUAGCAUUUGUUCUAGUGAAUAGAGAAAAUUGGGCCAUACAAGAAGAGUGAUUUUGAAAAUAAAUGUCCGAGUCUUCACGAUAUGCAUUUGAUUAAUCAAAAUAAGGUUAUGCAACGAAAUUAAUAAUGUGGUUUGUGUCAGUCGAAAACAAAGUUCCCAGACUCGGACUCGGCUCUGACUUGGCAAGGCUGACUCGACUCGUGACUCGGCUCGGACUCGGCAAAAUAAGAAAACCCUUGAAAUUUAGAGAUUUUUAACGAUUUAAAACUUGUUUCAUACACCCAUUAUUGAAUUAAGCUUAAAGACACUAUAACAUCAUCAAAUAGAAGCUAAUUUGAUCACAUACAUAAACAUACAUCCAUCACAUGCGUAGAAAUGUAAAUUGUAGUUGAAGGAAUUAGAAAACAUAGAUAUAUAGAGUUAUAAAUGUUGUCCAAUAUAUAUAAAAUCCAUGACUUCAAAUGUUCCCAAACAUAUAUGUAACCCUCAAGUGUAAACAAAAACAAGUCUAUGGCUUAGGCUCUGGCUCAGCCUCGUCUAUCUGCCUCCUAGAAAGGCGUCUAAGGUAGGUCCUGGAUGACUGAGUAGCCAUAGUCUCUGCCUGUGAUGUGCUAGUCUGAGCAGCCAUAGGUGUUGUGCCUGAUCGUGCUCUAUCCUCCUCCUCUGCCAUAGCCACAGCCUCAGCCUUUCUGUCUGCCUGGUCAACCCACUCAAGGUCCUCAUUAGUGAAGACUGGAUCGGUGGACUCAGUGAGCCAAUCGGACUGUAGUGUUGCCCCAAUGUGAUUUGUGCAAGCUUUUUACCUCUUCCUCUCAGCUGGUUGCAAAACUAUGGCUUCCUAUUUUUCCAGU